CGGGUCCCCGGGGUCCCCUGGCCCUGCGGCCCCCCCCCGGCGCCAUGGUGGGGGUGGGGCCUCCCCUGGGGGCCCCCCCCGCCCCCCCCCUGCUGCUCGCCCCUCCCCCACUGCAGAGACCGCCCCCCACCCCCCCCCUGGGGGCAACGAUGGGCGGGGGAGGGGCCCUGAGAGCGGCCGGAGCGGCGGGGGGGGGAGGGGCUCCCGUGCCCCCCCUGCCCCCGGUGGCCGCGGGGGGACCCCGAGCGCCCCGGCCCCGGGCCCCCAAACCGACCCCGCCCGUCAUCCAGGCCGCGCCCACCGUGUACCCGGCCCCGCCCCGCCGCGCCCCGGAGGAGACUCCGCCCCCUCGGGCUCCGCCCCCUGAGGAGCCCCGGAUUGGCCCCAGCCUCCCGGCUCCGCCCCCCGCCAUAGCCACGCCUCCUCCAGAGCCGCGUCCUGGCCCCGCCCACAUCGCACCGGUGCCACGCCCCCUGCGCAGGCCACGCCCACAGGACCCGCCCUUUCCUGUGCCUGAGGUGGGGGCGGAGCCGGCGGCCGAGGACAAGCGGAAGGGGCGGGGCGAGCGGCUGAAGCGCUGCAUCCGCACGGCGGCCGGGAGCAGCUGGGAGGAUCCCAGCCUGCUGGAGUGGGACGCUGACGAUUUCCGUAUUUUCUGCGGCGACCUGGGCAACGAGGUGAACGACGAGACGCUGGGCCGCGCCUUCGGGCGCUUCCCGUCCUUCCUCAAGGCCAAGGUGAUCCGGGACAAGCGCUCGGGCAAGACCAAGGGCUACGGCUUCGUGUCCUUCAAGGACCCCAACGACUACGUGCGCGCCAUGCGCGAGAUGAACGGACCCCAAUGA